AUGAAUGAAUUAAGAGAACUAAGUAAAAAGAUUAAAGAAAAUACAACCAAUUCAAAAAAGGAAGAAAAAAAAAAUGAUCCUGAAAUAAAAAACCUAUUUGAAAAUUUAUUCUCAAAUAAUUCCAUAAAUUAUUUAAGUUCAUUUAUAAAUAAAACAAAUAUAAAUGAGAAACCAGAUGAAAAUGAUAAUCAUAAUAUAAGAGAAGAGUUGUCUAUCCAAAAUAAUAAAAUAGAAAAUAUGGGCAAGGUUCUUUUUAAUAAUGAUGAUAAAUUUAUGAAAAAUUUAAAUAAAUCCACAGAUUCAUUUAAUUUAAAUAAACAAUAUUUUAAAAGAGAUCAUAAUAAUUAUAGUGAGGAAGAAUAUAUGAAAAAUAAAACACAAAAAAAUCAAAUUAUAAAAAAUGGUGUAUAUAUUAAAAGUAAAGAAUUUGUACCAAAAAGAGCUGAGGAAAUAUUAUAUGAUCAAAAUGAAAAUAUAAUAGGUAAAAUUAUAAAUGUAAAAGGUAUAUUUUCAAAUACUAAAAAAAAUAUAGAGACAAAAGAUCUUAAUAAACUUAUUGAUAAUUAUGAAGAAGAAAUAAAGAAAAGAAGUAAAAAUUUGGAAAUUUUUAUGAACAAAAAUAAAAAUGAAAAUAAUUAUAAUGAUAAAUGGGAUGUUAUAAAUAAUUUUAAUGUACAAAUGAAUUCUAUAGGGAAUAAUAAAAAUGGAUGUGAAAAUGAAUUAUUGUAUGAAUUGUAUUUAAACAAAAAAAAAAAAAAAAAAUCUUAUGAUUCUCUUGUUUUCUUUAAAAGAUUUUUUAAUUGUUUAAACGCUUAUAUAUAUUUUCUGAAUAAAUGUGAGAAAAAUUUUAAUAAAUUGAAAAUUAAGAAAUCUCUAUUAUAUUUAAGAAAUUGUAAGGAUCAUAUUUUAUUGAUAAAAGCAAUAUUAAAAUUUGUAAAAAAUGAGGACCAAAAUAUUAAACCUGAUGAGCAAAAUAACAAAAAUAAAAAUAACAAUGAUAAUAAUGAUAAUAAUAAUAAUAAUAAUAAUAAUAAUAAUAAUAAUAAUAAUAAUAAUAAUAAUAAUAAUAAUAAUAAUGAUAAACGUUUUUUCGAUGAAGUAAUAAUGGAAGAUCUUAGAAAUCUUCUUAAUAUUCAAACCAAUUCAUUAUGCCCAAAUAACAAUAUAACAUUCAUAAAAGAAAUGAAAAAUAAAUAUAACGAACUAUUGAACAAAUUAAAAGGUGUAGUUGAUAUUAUUUAUAAUAAAAUGUUUGAAUUUAAAAAUAAUAAUAUUAAAAUAUAUAAAUAUAUCUAUUUACAUUCUAAUGAUACUCUAACUAAUGCAGAUAUGAAAGAACAAAAAAUUUGUUAUAAUACCUUUUGGUAUCUAGCUUUCAUAUUAAACAUACAUGUUAAUUAUUUGAAUAGAAUAAAGAAAAGUAUAAUUCCUCAUUUUUUCAAAUUAAUGGUUAUCAUAUAUUGUAUUAUAAAACAUAUAAAACAAACACACAUAUUAAAUGAAAUAUCACAAAUAGAAAAUGUAAACUCAAUAUCGUAUGAGAACAUAAAAGAAGUCGUUUCAAAAUUAAUAAAUAAAAAAGAUAAUUUUGAUGAAUCAAUUUAUUAUGAAACCAUGAAUGAUUUUGAUAAUUUUAGACAGUAUAUAUUUUGUACAGAUAAUAAAAAUAUUGUAGAACAAGACAAAAUAAAAACAAAAGACUCUCACAUUUCAAAUGAAGAAAAUGAUUCUCAUAAUAUUAAUUUAUAUAAUUAUAUAUGUGAAAAUGAAGAUUCUAUAUUUAUCAAUUUAGAUCUUUUGUUUAAUGAUUUAAUUUUAUUAAUAAAUAAUAAUAUUAAUAUAAUGAAUGAAUCAAAUCAAUUAAAAAAUGUUGGAAAAGAAAAAUUCAUAAAUGAUGAAAACAAAAAUAAAUAUAAUAUAUAUUUUGUGUUAUCAAAUUGUUUAAUCAAUUUAACAAAUUUGAUGGAAUUAUUAUUCAUUUUUAAUAAUAUUGAUAUGUCCUGUUUUGAUAUGAAUAUAGAAAAAAACGUGAACUCAUAUGAUUUAACAAAUAUAUUUAAUUUCUAUUUUGAUAAUGAAAAUGAAGAAGGAGUAGCUGAUCAAAGAUAUUUUUAUAAAUAUGAUGAUAUUUUAAUAUAUGAAGAAAAUAUUAACCAUAUUAAAGAUAAGUUAAAAGGGAAAUAUGAUGAUGUUAUACAAAGAGGAACUAACGAAUAUAUUUCAAAUCAUAAUUACAAUAAUGAGAAAAAAGAUUCCGCAAAUAAUAAAAAUGUAAAUAUAGAACUUAGUAAUAAUACAUUUGCUCUAUAUAUAUUAAAUAAAGAAUUGAAUGAAAACAUGUUUUCAUUUUUUCAUAAAAUUAAUUUAAAAAGAAAUAAUUUAAAUGAUAUAUAUAAUGUGUAUUAUAUAUACAAGUGGAAACAAAAACACGAACACUUUAAUUUUUUGUUAAAACAUAUUUUUAAAAAAAAUUUCAAUUAUUAUAUUAAUUAUAUAUAUGCAAUAUUGGGUGAUAUAUUUGUUUAUAAAAAUGUAGAUGAUUACAUAUUAAUUGACGAUACUGUAGAUAACUACCUAUUUAAUUGUUUUUUUGAUAUAUAUACAUUUGAAAUAAAAAAUAGAAAUGAAGCAAAAUAUGAAUCAAUAUUAAAUUAUGUAGAUAAAAUACAUGGUAUAUUGAAAAAAAAUAUGCAAAUGAGAAAUGAAAAAAAUAUGCAACAAAAAAAAAAUAUAAAAAAACGAACAACUAACAAAGGAGAAGAAAUAAAAAUGAUAAUUAUUACUAAUGAUGAUAUAAAAAAAAACAAAAAAUCUAAUAUUCAUAAUAAUGAUGAUAAUGAUUAUAAUUUUUCAUCAUAUGAUGAAAUUGAAAAGAAUAAUAAUGUUGAUAGUAAAAACAAUAUUAAUAUUAUUGUCCAACCUAAUAAAUUAGGUUGUAUACAAAUACAUAGAAACCUAUUACAUGUAGUUAUAUUUAUUUAUCGUAUAGUUUCCUAUUCAUAUGAUAUAUUAUUUAAAAUGAAACAAGAAGAAAAAAAUAAAGGAAUAUCAAAUAUCAAAUUACAAAAUAAUGAAAACAAAGAUAUCUAUUUUAAUGAGGAACAAUUAAUGUUUACUAUUCAUUUAAAUAUAAUUUUGUUAUCUUAUAAGAUUAUUAAAUGUAUUUAUAAUAUAUUUUUAAGUUAUUCUUUAUUCAUAUUUCGUUUCUGCAGUUUGUCUAAUUUGAAGGAUGAGCAAGUAUAUUUAUUAUCUAUAAUAAACAGUUGCAUAUUUUUAAAAAAAAUUUUACAAAAUGUAAAUAAUAUAUAUAUGAAUUAUAAGGAUAUGUUUCAUUUCUAUAUAUUUUUUGAUGAUAUAUUACUGCAGCCUUUAACAAAAUUAAAAAGCUAUUUUCCCAAUGGUCAUAAAAAUGACAAUAUAGAUGAUAAUAUAAAGAAAGAGAAUCAUAGUGACAAUGAUAUGGAUGAUGAGUAUAUUUAUUCUGAUGAUGAUAGUCACGCAGAUAUGUCUAUUUCUUGUGAUAAUAAUAAUGAUGAUGAUAAAUACUCAAUUAGUGAUAAUAAUUACAUUUUUGAAGAGCACAAUUUUAAAAAUAAAGAUAUUAAUAAACCAAACAACAUGGAUAAUAGCAAUAAUAAUAAUAAUAAUAGUAAUAAUAGUAAUAAUAGUAAUGAUGAUGCGGCUAAAUUUGUUAAUCCCUUAAACCCCAAAUCUUUUGAAGAAAAUAAAUCCUUAGGUGUAGAGAGAGAAGAAAAAAAAAAAAAAAAGAAAAAAAAAGAAAUUGUGUAUAUAAAAAAAAAAAAUUUUAAUAAUAUAUUAUUUAUUGAUAAAAUAAGUAUCCUAAGUAAACUACAUUUAUUUGUAGACAAAAUUAAUAUAAAUAUAGAUAGUUUUCAAAAUAUAUUAAUAAAAUUACAUAAACAAAAUUUCUCUAAGUUAUUAAAUAAAGAUAUAAUACUAAUGGAGGAAAUAUAUUUAAUAAAUACAUUAGAAAUAAUCAAUAUAAUUUUUGAAUUUUUUCAAAUGCAAGAUGUAUAUAAAUUAAUACAUAAAAGUCUUCUUCUAAGGAUGAUGGAUUAUUUUUUUUAUUUAAUAAAUAAAAAUAUACACAAUUUUAUAUAUGAAAAAAAGAAAAUUAAUGAAUUGGAAAGAAAUCAUUUGUAUGAAAAUUUUAUUUUCAUUCAAAAUAAAUUAUCAUUUGUUAUGAUAAAUUGUAUAG